CGGUCAGACCGGGACUGCUACUUCAGGUACCGGUAUCCAAUUACCUGGGGUACAUAGGGCGAUAGUGGACAACCUCAAGACUGGGGAACAUGAUCCCGUCUGGAGAGCUUCCGCGUCUAAAGAGAUAAAUUCCCGUCUGGGUCCUGGGCCUUGCUUCCGUCGUCGCCAAUGUCGUUUUCCCCACGAUAUGCUAUCUGUCGAUGAUGCCAAUUGGACGGAUAACCGUUGCCAUGAAUGCCAUGAAGAAUCUAAAUUCACAGCGUGCCUGGGCUCGCUUGCUUGCUUGCUUGUCGUCCUCGAAAAGGAGAUGGGGCUCUCGUCGUCGACGAGCAGGGCCAUGGUCCAGAGUGGAACCCGGUGUCGGGACGGGGACCGUGGUGUGGACUCGCGGUGGACUGCAAUUCCUGGCUCCAUCAACCCGGCCCGUAAAAUGGCAAAUUCUUGUCACUCUCCUCCGCCUGGUGUUCGCCUGGUGUCCGCCUGCCCUGGAGCCGCUGAGAAGGAGCGAGCGGGACCACUGGCAGGAAGAGAAGCCAUGGCCAGAAGGCACCAUGCCCGGACCAUUGCGCGCACCUCGCGGGCUACUUGGAUGGUUCACCCAGUGGAUAGCUGCUCGCAAUGCGAUUGGCCAGAAUCGUUUUCUAUUUGCUUCCCUUUGUUUGGUGGUCGUCGAGCCCUUCGCUCUCAUCUUCAGUAGCAGCCAGGGGAUCUCCUUGCUAUUAAACCGCACUCCGUCCCAUACGCUCGCGCUUCUCUCGCUCUUGUUUCGAUUUCAAUCUCUCUUGCCCGUUGCUGUCACCAUCCUGCUGCUGGCUGCUUCCGAGUUCUGAGUCCUUUGGAGAUUCCUCCCCGUUGUCCUCCUGUUAGUCGGCCUUCCCUCAGUUCCCUAUCUUAUCGGCUGCCCAUAUCUGCAACAUCCGGAUCUUUUCAGUUGUCGAUUGAUCUUCGAGUCCCGUCCCUGACUUGGCAACGCAGACGGUAUCGUUUUCAGACAUUACAACAGGUACGAGGAACUUGUACAUAUAAAAGGUACUUACAUUA